UGCUAAUUAGAAAUUUACGUAGGUGUUUUGUAAGAAUGGAAUCAUCACCCCUUUCUACUUUUAAGCAAUACGAAACAGACUCUUACCUGUUUGAGUCAACAGGUAAGGUCUUGCAAGUCAAUCAGCUUGACAGUGGUAAAUAUGAAGUCAUUGUGGACAGAACUAUCUUCCACCCUCAAGGAGGCGGCCAGCCAAAUGACGAAGGAGUCAUCAAGUCAGACGAUGCUGAGUUCACAGUCGAAGAUAUCAAGCUCAACGGAGAUUACAUCUCGCACAUUGGGGUAUUCUCUGAACAAGGCCAGACUUUCGAGCAAGACCAAGAAGUAAGCCAAGUAAUCAACGAAGAACUCAGAAGGAAAUACGCUCGUACUCACUCGGCCGGUCAUCUCAUUGACAUGGCCAUGGACAAAGUUGGCUUCGGACACCUUGAGCCUGGAAAAGGCUAUCAUUUCCCGAAAGGAGCCUAUGUCGAGUACAUCGGAGUUGUGGAAGCAGACAAGCGAGACCAACUCAAGCAGGAUCUAAAUGCAGCCAUCAAAGACAUCAUUGACAACAUGCGCGAAGAAGACUCUUCGGUGGCUAAGGUUCACUCUUACGAAGAAGCCAAAGAAGUCCUCGGCUGCAUUCCACCAUAUCUGCCUGAAGGCAAAAAUGUCAGAAUCGUAAAACUAUGAGAAGACGACAAAGGGUGUCCAUGUGGAGGAACCCACGUCAAGCACAUCAAAGACAUCGAAGGGAUAGAAGUGAGCAAGAUUCAGAAAAAAAAGAAGAACACUAGAGUCAGUUAUUCUGUGGUCGAUUGUUAA